UUCCGGGUGACGUUUUAAUUUUCACUGAAAUAGCCAGGCUUUUUGCAAAUAAUAAUAAAAAAAACAGUUGCAGCUUGGGAUGAAGUUUUUCCAGUGCGCUGGGAGGAAAAGGAUUGAUUGGAGGCAAAUGGGGAGAUUUCCAAGAAAAUCGGGACAUUCUGUUCUCGUUCCCUCCCGGGGGCCCUGCGGCGACGUGCAUCCCCCCGGCGCUGCCGCCGCGGGGUCCAGGGCCGCUCCGUGCGCGCCGGAGAGGGGCUACGACCCCCCGGCCCCGCGCCACCCCCGUCCGGCGGGUUUUGUGCUGAGACUCCGAAAUGCUCCGCAUUCCCCGGCCCCGGCCCGGCGGGGGGGGCGCGGGGAGCCGGACAAGGUGCUCCUUGUGCCGCCGGCGCGUGGGAGGCGCCGCCGGAGCCGGGCGGGCUCGGAGCGGACCCGGACCCCGUGCCGGGCUGGGGGCGGCCGGCGGGUCCGACCCACGCGGUGGCCGUGGGCCGCGGCUCGGCGCUGGGGAAUGGCAGCAAUGCCGGCGCGGGGCGUUUCCCCCCCCCCCGGCUCGGGAAUGCCAGAUAUGAGCCGCUGACCUUUACGGCACCGGCCCCGCUCGCCCGGCGUGGGAAGGAAAUGCCACCCUGCCCCGGGAGCGAAAGGGCUGGGAGAGCCCGGACGCCUGGGUCCCUCCUAGCAGGGGAGGUUCGAGCGCAGGGGCCAGGACGCCUGGGCCCCCCCCUUGGAGGCGAGGCGGGGAGGGGGAAGCCUCUGCUCUGGGAAAAACACUUCCCCUCCAGCGCUCCGGAGCUGUUCCCGGCAGGAAGGAGCUCGGAGCCGCGGGGCAGGGACGCAGCGGAGCCAUGGUCUGCUCGCAGGAGGCCGGCGCCCGGAGACGCAGCUGAAGGUGCCGUCGCGGUCGGCGUCAGCCCGCGGCCGCCUGAGGAAGCCAGCGACGGGGGCAGAGCUGUGCCGGCGGGGACGCUCCAUGCGGAGCUGAAGCGGCCGCAGCCGAGGGAAGGCGCCAGGCGGCCGAGCCGGGACCCGCGACCGGGGGCAGGAUGGAGCCCGGCGGGGCCAAGGAGCACGUCGCCGCACCGGAGCUGGUGGAGAUCGUGGUGGAGACGGCGGCCGAGGCCGGGGUGACGGGCAUCAGCCUGGCCGGCGGCGGGAAGGAGGGCAUCUACGUCUCCGACGUGCAGCGCGACUCCAGCGCCGCCAAGGCCCUGCGCCUCCGCGAAGGCGACCAGCUGCUCAGUGCCAGGGUCUUCUUCGAGAACGUGCGCUACGAGGACGCGGUGCGGCUGCUGCAGUGCGCCGAGGCCUGCAAGGUCUCCUUCUGCCUCAAGCGCACCGUGCCCAGCACCGACGCCGCCGUCCCCCCCGGGGCAGCCAGCUCCGAGGCGAAGGGGCCCAAGGCGAAGGUGGCCCGGCUGAACAUCAAGAGCCUGACGCCCUUGAAGAAGAAGGCGGCGGCGAAAGCCCCGGCAGCGGCGGCGGCAGUGCCGGGGGUGAAGCCGGACGCGGGGCCCGUGGACGUGGAGUUCUCCCUGCCCAAGCUCUCCAGGCUGGUGAGGGGCUGGAGCACGGCAGCGGCGGCAGCGGGUGCAGCCGCCCCGGCCCCCCCAGGGCCCCCGGAGGCGGUGGCUGCGGCGGUGGCUGAGGCCAAGCGGACGCGGCUGGCCUUCUCCCGGCUGACGGUGAGGGAGGCGGUGGCCGGGAAAGCGGCAGUGCUGGAGGUGGAGGAGCCCCGGGCGAAGCUGGAGGUGGCCCUGCCCCGGGGCGGCAUGGAGCCCGCGGCUCCCAAAUCGCCCCCGGCUUUGGGCAAGGAGGAGCCCGGCGCCGAGGCGGAGGCCAAGUUCAGGGCUCCCCGCGUGGAGCUGGACGUGCCGCUGCCCAGCCUCGGGGCGCCGGCGGCCCUCCCGGCCGUGGACGUGGCAGUGCCCAAGGUGGACGUGGGGCUGAGCCUGCCCGGCGCGGCACCCCCGGCUGUGCCGGCACCGCCGGAGCCAGGGCUGCGGGCUCCGGCGCUGGAGAUCGCGGUGCAGCCGCUGGCCCUGGAGCUGCAGCUCCCCGCGGCGCGGCGCGAGCCGGAGCCGGCGCCGGAGCCGGCCGCCCGGGAGGCUCCCGGCAUCACCGCCAAGGUGCCCAAAAUCGCCCUGCCCAAGCUGGGGGGCAAAGCCGGGCAGGGGGAGGCGGCCGGCGCCCUCCCGGCGCCCGAGGCGGACACGGCGGCCGGGGAGAGCCCCAAGGCCAGAGGGCCCAGGGUGAAGCUGCCGAGCCUGGGCAUCUCCCUGCCGGCGGCACCGGCGCCCGCGGCACGGGCCAAGCUCCCGGCCGUGAAGGUGCCCUCCAUCGACAUCGCGGUGCCCAGCGCCGCCGUGGAGCUGGCGCCCGCCGAGCCGCUGCCGCCGCCGCCGCCAGCCCCAGAGCCGGGCAAGUUCGCCGUUCCCAAGCUGGACCUCAGCGUGCCGGGGGCGAAGGCGCUGGAGCUGCCCAGGGGCGCCGUGCCGAAGCCGGAGCUGGGCAUCGCCGUGGAGCAGCCGCGGCUGGAGGUGAAGCUGCCGGCGGCCAGGGCGGACGGCGGGGGCCCGGAGCCAGAGCCGGCCCCGGCCAGGCUGAGCUUCCCGGUGGUGCCGGUGCCGGCGCUGGACAUCGCGGUGCCCGCGGUGGCCGUGGGCCUGGAGCUGCCAGCGGCGCGGGCCGUGGCGGCACAGGAGCCGGCCCCGCCGGCGGCGGCUGAGGGUCCAGCGGGUGCCGAGGGGCCGGGCCUGGGCGCCGUGGUGGCCAGGAUCCCCAAGGUGGACAUCGCCGUGGGGCGGGCGAAGCCGGAGGCAGCGGCGGCGGAGCCGGACGCGGCGGCCGCGGUGGAGAGGGGCCUGCGGAGACUCAGCCUGGAGCUGGAGGUGCCGGCGGCGGCGGCGCGCGACGCCAAGGCCAAGCCGCCCAAGUUCGCCCUGCCGCGGUUCGGCGCGGCGGGGCCGAAGGCGAGGAGGAGCGCGGAGGGGGAGCCGGCGGCGCCGAGCCCCGAGGGCGGCGCUGGGGCGGCGAAGCUGCGGGUGCCCAAGCUCUCGCUGCCGCGGCUCGGCGGCAAGGACAAGGAGGGCGAGGCCGCGGCGGAGGCCGGCGGCGCCGAGGCCCCGGCCAGGAAGGCCAAAUUCAAGAUGCCGACGUUCGGGGUGGCCCGGCGGGAAGCGGAGGAGCCCGGCCCGGUGCCGCCGGAGGGGACGGAAGGCACUGCCGGCUGCCUCCCGGCUCCGGAGGGGGGAAUUCGGCUGCCGCAGGUGGAGCUGCCGGGGCUGGGGGCCGGGGGCCGGGCGGCGGUGGGGCCGGGGGGUGACGGCGGGGACGCCCGGGUCCCCCGGGUGCCCUCCCUCGGCGUGGCGGUCCCGGCGGUGGAGCUGGACAUCGGCCUGCCACGGGCCGGCGCGGCCGAGGACGCCGGCGCCGCCGCCGAGAGCCGCCGGAAAAUGCCGCGGGUGGAGCUGAGCCUGGAGGGGCGGCGGGAGCGGAGGGGCUCGGCGGAGCCGGCCGGUGCCCCCGGCAGCCCCCGGCUGCGGCUGCCCUGGCUGGACAUCGCCCUGCCCCGGACGCGGCUCUCCGACACGGAGCUGCUGCCGGCGGCGGCGCCCGGCGGCGCCUCCCGGACGCCCUGGCUGGGGCUGCCCGGCUUCCCCAAGGGGAAGGCGCCGGCGCCGGAGCCGGGGUGGGGGGACGCGGCCGGGCGGCGCGGCGGGAUGAAGCUGCCGCGCUUCGGCGGGUCGAGCCCCGACGUCCGCGGCGCCGCGGUCCCGGACGCCGCCGGCACCGGCAGCAGGGCACCGUCGCUGCCCGCCGGCUUCGCCGCGGCGCCGGAGCCGCCCGGCCCCGAGGGCCGGUUCUGGCUGAAGGUGCCGGCGCUGGGGCUGGGCAAGGCCGGGGCCGGGGCGGAGGCCGAGACGCGGCCGCUGUGCCCGCCGGCGCCCAGCCGCCCGCCCCGCGUCGCCAUCCCCGACGUGGGCUUCUCGGCCGAGGGGCGGCCGGGCCGCGGUGAGGAGCCGGGGCGGGAGGCGGGAGGCUUCGAGGCCGGGCUGAAGAUGCCGAAAAUCAGGCUGCCGGCGGGGGCCGAGGCGGAGGGGCGGCGGCCGGCGCUGAAGGUGCCCGAGCUGGAGCUGGCGGCCCCCGGGGAGGGCUCCGGCGGCGGCGGGGGGCCGCCCGGGGCCGAGGCCGAGGCCGGGAAGCGGGGCCGGGUGAAGCUGCCGCGCUUCGGCAUCGCCCUGCCGCGCGGCGCCCCGGAGGGCGGCGAGGAGGCGAGGGCGAGGAUGGCCGGCGUGAGGAAGGCCGUGCUGGAGCUGGUGCGGCCCAAGGGCAGGGGGGCCGAGGGCACCGCGGGGCUGCUCGAGGGCGACGGCGCCGACAGCAAGGGGGGGGCGGCCGAGCCCGGCGCGGGGGCCGAGGUCGACGGGGAGCCGGGGGCGGCGGGGGCGGGCGUGCGGCGGCGGCGGCUGCCCCAGGUGGGCUUCUCGGCGGGCGCCGAGCCCCCCGGGGCGCAGCCCGGCACGGCGGCGCGGGCCGCGGCGCGUCUGCCCCGCCUGGAGCUGGCGGCGCCGGCCCGGCCCGCGGCGCCCGACCCCGAGCUCAGCCGGCGCCUGGUGAAGCCGGAGGAGCCGGAGCCGGAGCCGCCGCGCGCCGGCACCCUGGCCGCCCUCCGCAGCCUCCGGGCGCCGCGGCUCGCCCUGGGCGGUGGGCGGCGGCGGGACGGGGCGGCCGUGGUGGCCUCCGCCGCCCGCACCGAGCUGGCCGGGCUGGAGGGGGCCGGCGCCGCCGAGCCCCCCCCGGCCCCCGCCGGGUUCCGGCUGCCCAAGCUGGCGCUGAGCCCCCCGGCCCGCGCCGCCCCGGCGGACGCCGCCGCCGCCGCCACGUAGAGGGGUGCAGAGACCGCCGCGCUCGGUGCACGCGCCGAUACCGGCCUCGGGCUGCCCCGGGCCCGCUUUCCGGCGAGGAUAAUGUGAAUAGAGCAUCGAGCUACGCUUACCAUGACGGUUUUUACCACUCGUCGUCUGCACCCGCUGCUCGCCGCCGGCUCUGCCGCACGGCGGGUCGGUGCGCGGUGCAAGGGUCGCCUCCGGUUUCCUGCCGCUGCUUUAACCCCUCCGAGUUUCUAGUUCUGUUGUUCUGCAGCCAGCUGUCCAUUUUAUUUCCCCCCCUUGUUUUCUAAACGCCGGGAGCUGGCAACUAACAGUCCUCGCCGCGCUCCCCCGGCCCCCGUGCCAUCGCUCCCGCCGCGAUUUUGGAGGAAAACCCUGUCCCAGGUGUGGGGUUUCCUGCACACCCGGAGCUCGUGCUCCCGUUAACCCCACGGACGCGGCUCCUAACAGCUCGCCUUAACUCUCCACGCCGGGGAAGAUGCUCAGAGCCGGUUGCUCCCCCCUUUUAUUUUCCAGAUAAAAGCCAUUAAUCUGGGUGUCCCCCGCGGCUCGGAUGCUGCCUGCGCCUUCGUCCCCAGCCCCUGCCCCGUUCUUGGUCCCGCUGGAAUAAACAUUAACCUGAGAA